UUAGCAGCUUAGCUUAGCACUGUGGGGAGAGAGAGAGGGAGAGAAAGGUUUCUUUGCCCAUCAAAAAACGAGAGAAAACACGAGAGGGGUUUCUUUUUAUCCCCGAAGUGCAGGGAAGAAGGGCUUCUGAGUCCCUGAACGAGUUCCCGGCGAGCACCUUCUUUGUUGCCUCCGGCCUUUGGGCCCUUGGUAUCAUCGUUGCCCGCGUUCAGUCCCACUCUUUCCCGUCAUUUGCCGCAUUGCUGGCCACCGCCAUAGCGAUGCCACCAAAGAGGAAAUCCGCCACCACCCCGAGCCCGAGGGUCGCAACGCGGGCUUCAACCAGAUCCUCCGCCAGGAGGCAGAAGACGUCGCCGGCCGUGCCCCCGCCGGAGGAAGAGUCUCCCAAGAUCGUCCCACUCUCCCCAGAGGCGGCCGAAAAUCCGUCCCAACAAUCGGCCACGCCGCCAAGGCAACCGCCUUCUUCCGAGCAACCCGACGUUGCCAUCUGCGAAGUAACACCUCAGCCUAAGCAGUCGGAGGAUGUCUCCCCGCUAGCUCAGCAUGUUUUCGUCCCAGGUCUAGAAGAGGCGGAGCCGAUUGAGGUGGUGAAACCCCAACCCGAAGCCGUUGGAGCUGCACAAGAGGUCGUUCUUGAAACUGUGGUUGUGGAAACAAAAAUGGAAAUUGUAGUAGAAGGAAAUGAGGGAGGUCAUGAACUGGGAAGCGUUAAUCAGGACGAAGAAGAAGUUAAAGAAGGGACUAGAGAAGCUCAGCAGGAGGGAGAUGGGAAGAUGGAAGUAGAACAAGUGCAAGCGCAAGGCGAGAAUAACGAAAGAGAAGAGACCCAAGGAGAAGUUGGGAAUAGAGAAGAAGAGGCUGAAAAUGAUGGUAUUGAAGAUGUCGAGGUUGAAAGAGAGGGUAGGGAUGGAGAAGUGGAUGCUCAAGAAAAAGGGGCGGAUGUUGAAGUAGAGUUUCAAGAAGAAGGUGGAUAUAAGGAAGCACAACAGGUCCGAGGAGAGGAUGAGAAGAAAGAAGCAGAAGAGGUUGAAGGCGGGGUUGGAAAUACAGAAGCAGAAGAGGUUCAUGGAGAGGAAGGAAAUGAAGAGACAGAAAAGGUUAAAGCUGUAGAUAGAAAUGAAGAAGAAAAUGAAGAAGCGGCUAACAAAAGAGGACAUGGGAAUGGAGAAGUAGGGUUUGAGGAAAAAGCGGGGGGAGAAGAAGCAGUUGAAAUGGACGGUGGGCAAGGAGAAGUAGAUGGAGGAGAGGAAGCAGGUGUUGCUGAAGCAGGAGGAGGGACGGGUGGAGAAGAAGCGGUUGAAGGGGAGGGUGGGCAUGGAGAAGAGGAAGCAGGUGAUGCUGAAGCUGGAGAACGGGAAGGGGAGAGAGAGGCCGAUGAAGCACCAGUGCCAAUCGAGGACCGGAAGAAGCAGAAGGAGUAUGAGGUAUUCAUUGGAGGACUUGACAAGGAUGUGGUUGAAGAUGACUUGAGGAAAGUCUUUUCCGACGUUGGGGAGGUUGUCGAGGUCCGGUUGGUGAAGAAAUCUCAGUCCCAAAAGAACAAAGGUUUCGCCUUCGUGAGAUUUGCUACUGUUGAACAAGCUAAAAAAGCAACAACUGAACUCAAGUCCCUUAAGAUUAAUGGCAAGGUUUGUGGAGUAACAAGAAACAAUGACAAUGAAACACUGUAUUUACGCAACAUAUGCAAAACAUGGACCACAUCUGAUCUGCUUGAAAAACUUAAAUCUUAUGAAAUUGAGAACCUUGUGGAUGCUCACCUGAUUGAUGAUCCUGAUAAUAAAGGGAAAAAUAGAGGCUAUGCAUUUUUGGAAUUCAGUACUCAUAUGGAUGCAGUUUCUGCAUGUACUAAACUACAGAAAAGAGGGAUUUCUUUUGGAACAGAUUCUCCUGCAGAAGUAGCUUUUGCAAAAUCUGCUGUUCAGCCAGACGAGGAGGUUAUGGCUCAGGUAAAAUCUGUUUUCUUAGAUGGAUUGUCUGCUAACUGGGACGAGGAAUAUGUAAAGGAACAGCUUAUGAAGUAUGGUGAAAUUGAAAAGGUUGAACUUGCUCGUGAUAUGCCUACUGCCAAGCGAAAAGAUUUUGCUUUUGUUUGUUUUACAACACGAGAUGCGGCAUUGGCUUGUAUAGAUGGGGUUAACAAGGAUGGUAUUUGUAAUGAUGGUGACAAGGUAAUGGUGAAGGCCUCACUCCGGAAACCUUUGCAGAACCGAAAGCCAUCUGCAAGAGGUGGAUGGAAGGGAGUUAGCAGAGUUCAGGAGGGACAAAGAAGAAACUACGCACCAGUAAGGUCCUCUGGUUAUGGUGGACGUGGCCACUAUUACACGGGAGAAAGAGGAUACAGGAAAGAAUUUCCUCCCUCUUCUGGAAGGGCUGGCUCAUGGCAAGGAAGAGAUUUUGAGAGGAGGGCACCAACAUAUCCAUAUGGUGGUGGCAGAUCAAGACCUAGAUAUGUGGAAGAGAACAGACCUGAAAGGCACAUGUCAGGUCGUCGGGAGGAAUAUCCUGCUCCAUAUCCUGGUUUUUCUUCUCAGAGGCAAUACCCUGAAAAUGCAUAUGGUCCUCACUAUCAGCAUUAUGAGACCAGCAUGCCAAGCGGACAUGCAUAUCCACAACUUUCAGGAUCUAAGCGACCUUACUCUGGUGUUAGCGAAGAGGCAUUAUAUGGAAGGCGUAAUAGGGGGCGUGCAGAUACAGGAGUGGAACCUGUUCAGCCUCAAGGGAGUAUGUCACAGUCACAGUCACAGUCACAGUCACAGUCAUACGGCUCAUAUCCCAGCAGGAUUAUUCCUGAGGAUCAUCAUGCUUAUGGAAAUACAACCCAGAGUUAUGGAAACCAGUCAAACCACUACUUGUCUGGAAGUGGCAACUCCAGAUCAUAUUACUGAACUGCAAGGACACUCUCAUCAUAGGGUUCAUUUGGCAAUCCGUUUGUGGCGUAUCACAUGCUAUGGACGUUGUAAUGAAGAUGGAAUCUUGAGCACCAGACGGGAGAAGGCAUUAUAUGAUUUAUCAAACAGGAAGAAUCCAUCCACUCCUCAACUCCAAUCUCGUGGUUCACAUGGCUUGAUCACAUUCCACUGUUCAAAAUUCUGUCUUCUAUGACCUGCUUCUACUUCUUCCUUUUCUUGCUCCAUGUCAACAUAUUUACAGUGGAUGUCCGGUAGUUAAGAUCAGUUUUGAGCUGUUAUACAUGAACAGUUGACCGCUGGUCCAUGCGGAUAUGUUUCGUACAUGGAUGAGCUAGCGUGUGUGUUUUAUGUGCGCAUGUGAUGACAUCAGAUUAAUAAUAACACUUUAUUAUACAA